AUGAAAGAGAAGCAAAUGAAAAAAGCGCCGAUUAAUUUGGAGCCAGAAGUUCCUCUUUUCGGGAGAGUUAAGGUGAAGGAAGAGCUCCGAACCUUGAAGCUGAAAUUUGUGCCGUGGAUGCUGGGCUCAGAACCUCCUGUCACAUUUCCUCGAGCGCCGUUUCAACUAAAAUAUGAGUUCAUUACUCCGUUGGGCAAAAUGGUUCUUGUCAACAACAAAAAUCAAAUUCGUGAUGAAACAGGCAAGACCAUCACCAUUGAAGGGUAUUGCUGCUAUGCAGCCCAUUUGAAUAUCUUGGUACUUUUAUGCAGAGAGGGCCUCGAACAAGCUGCAAAAGCUCUGCUGAGCCCUGAAAGCCCUGAGGAAUUGAAGAAGUUCCUGGCCUUGGCCAUAAUGAACAAAGAAAGUGUAACUGAGGACAUGAUUUAUUUAGCAACGAAGAUUGUCCAGGACAUGCAUUACCAGAAGAGGCCAGGAAGUUUCUCUUCACACGUCGAGCCCGUGCUAGAAAGGCUGUGCCUGAGCAGUGGCCAAAGAAAACUCUUUUGCCUGGCGUGUGGAACUUGGAGUUGCGACAAAAUUAAAUUUUUGCCCAAGAGGGCGUACUUGGAGUGCCUUAAAAGAGGGGUGAUGCCAGAGGAAAAAACAAUUGCUCUCAAAACAUACAAUCUCUGCUGCCUAGGUAAAAAGAAGGCCCAGUACAGAUUGAGCACUGAAGCCUUCAUGGUUAUUUUGGAGCGCGAGAAGGCAAACCUGGAAAAAAAGACCACCAUUGCCAUGAGCAAAGUUUUAAAGACUAAACAUUUUGCUCAUCAAAUGAAAGUGGCAAAUGUUCAGUACAGAUGCUAUGCUGUUCUGUUUAGAUAUCGUACUGACAAUUCCAGCCACAUUGUGCUUUUGUUGAUUCCCAAAAGUCUCAACAGCAAGGAUUUAAAAUUUGCCGACUGCAAUCACCCCUCAAAAUUGCAAUCCGUCGAGGGAAAGGAAGGCAGCGCAACAAACAAAAAAGGCGUUGUUGACAGCUUGAUUUUUAUUCGAGAUACAAGCGUUUAAAGCUUGCUUUUAAUUCACAGAUCCUUUGCUUUUUUUUUGUUUGUGAUAGUAAUGGACCAAAAACUGCUUUUAUCUAAUUGUAAUAAUGAUUGCUCUUUUUAACUAUUCUUGAAAAAAAAAAAAUGUUUGUAAAGUUUUAUAAUUAAGACAUUUUUUAAAGCUAGCUAUUAAAUUUACUGGGCGCAAAAGGGUGUGAUAAAGAGGGCUGUGUCUUACCCGCACACAAACUUAAUUGGCCGACUGGUCGUUGACGGUGCUCCUGCUGAGGUGGCAGUCUGACACUUUUCUUGGCAUGUGAUGAUCAAAAACGCUUUCUGUUUCAGUGCGGCCAAAAUGUUCAGAUUUUCUAUAAAAAAUAAUAGUGUUAGCAGAAGUUUUUAAAUCUAAAACAUUUUAGUAAUUGAUCUAUAUAUUAUUUAUUUCAAAAUUAUUAAUUUAUUAUGAGUCUUGUAAUUUUAAUG